AUGAGAUUGAUUUCCACGAGUAUGCAGGCUAGAAAGAUGUUAUUUGCUGCUAUUCUAUUUAUUUGUGCAUUAAGUUCAAAGAAGAUCUUAAUCUAUAAUGAAGAAAUGAUAGUAGCUUGUUGUUUUAUAGGCUUUCUCAUAUUCAGUCGGAAGAGUUUAGGUAAGACUUUCAAAGUGACUCUCGACGGGAGAAUUCAGGCUAUUCAGGAAGAAUUGCAGCAAUUCCUCAAUCCUAACGAAGUAGUUCUUCUGGAAUCCAAUGAACAACAACGAUUACUUAGGAUCAGCUUAAGAAUUUGUGGCACCGUAGUAGAAUCAUUACCAAUGGCACGCUGUACGCCUAAGUGCGAAAAGACAGUGCAAGCUUUGUUAUGCCGAAACCUAAAUCUUAAGUUAGCAACACUUCUAAAUGCCACUUCUUCCCGUCGCAUCCGUCUUCAGGACGAUCUAGUCACAAAGUUUUACGUCUUAGUGAGUGCAGGAUUUUCCCCCUACUGUCUGUUGAAAGCUAAAAAAGUAGAACUCAUUCGAGAGGGCUUGGUGGUCUUAAGAAAGGUUCGGGUGGGGGGUUCUCUUAAGAAUAAAGAGGAUGAAUAG